AUGAAUAUAAUUGCAAUUGUGGAAACUGAAGCUGGUCUGGUUGUUCAGGAUUUUGUCCGGAAAGUGAUUGAGCUGCAUGACAAGUACCUGUCAUAUGUAAAUGACUGUUUCCAGAAUCAUACUCUCUUCCACAGGGCUCUGAUGGAGUCUUUUGAGGUCUUUCACAAUAAAGGUGUUGGUGGGAGCUGGAGCGCUGAACUGCUUGCCACAUUCUCUGAUGACAACAUUCUUAGAGCUAGUAGGUCUUGUUUAAAGAUUGUGAAGGAAGUGGAAGUGAACCAAUUAGGGUAUUGUUCUUUGAGGGAUGCCAAAGCCAACUCUGCCGAGACUGCCAACGCCGAGCUCACCACGGAGGCCAAACUGGAAUCAGUGAAGGCGGAUAACCAGAAACUGAGGGAUCUGGUCAAGUUGGCCAACCAGGAGGAGGCCUUGGCAGAUAAGAGCAAGGCUGGAGUUGGAGGUCAAGACGCUCAGGGAGCAGAAACUUAA